UUACUGUCGUCACUGGCGUCCAGUGAAACGUCAAUUGUUUGUAAACUAGAAACCAAAUCCAMAUAAUGGCAUAAUUUUCGUUUUUUGAGGAAAAUUCACUUAAUGGACGUGCCACAGCAAGGCGGCUUAAAGGGGAACGUUUUUGCAAGCAUUGAGCGCCUUGCUGACUUUAAAUAUUCUGUCACUUUUUAUUAGUUUGUUCCAAUUGUUGUUGUGAACCUGGAAAAUCUAAGAUGGUUCGGGCAUCGGCAAACCUGCCUUCCACACCUUUGCAGAUACAGACCCGAAGACAGAAGUUGUUGACUAUGGGCAGUCUGGUCGGCACGCCGCCUACUCCACAUCGAAUCGAGCUGCGAAGCGACCACAAUGAGGAAAACAACUGCAAAAAGUCCCUAGUGAACCACCCUCCGGCUCCCAAAGCCAGGAAAAAAUUACUAAGCGACAACGCAGUCAAUGGCACCCGAAAUGGGGAGCUAAAGGGGCUGGACAUCAAAGAAUCGAACAAAAAUGUACAGCUAAAAUUAACAGAGUAUUUCCCGGUAAGGCGAUCGGUAAGGAAAACGAAAACCACCGUGUUGGAAGAGCAGCAGCUGGCUCUGGAAAACCUCGUCAGAAGGGGCGCAGAAGAAGGCCUGGAGGUGAGGCUGUUCGGAAGCAAAGGCCGAGGCGUCGUGGCUGCCAAGGAGUUUUCCAAAGGAGAGUUUGUUGUGGAGUAUAGCGGCGAGUUGGUGGACAUAAUGGAGGCGAAGGACCGGGAGGAAGUCUACGCUCAAAACGAGACCGCCGGCUGUUAUAUGUAUUAUUUCAAGCACAACGGGCUGCAGUAUUGCAUUGACGCCACUAAAGAGACUGGGAGAUUAGGCCGAUUGGUGAACCAUUCCCGGUCCAACCCAAACCUGGUGACCAAAACCAUAAUGGUUGAUAAGAAGCCGCGAUUAGUUCUUCUCGCAAAAGACGACAUAAGAAAGGGCGAAGAGAUCUUGUACGAUUACGGCGAUAGGUCGAAAGAGUCUUUACAGCACCAUCCAUGGUUGGCCUAUUAAUUCAGCAACCCUUUCCACGCCUCUGUUAAAGGCUUAGAGCUUAGAUCAUGAGGAGUAGUACUUUGUAUUUAUCGAUUUUAUGGCAAAUUCCACAUCAAUCACUACCAAAAGGUGUUCAACGGUUUUGUCUUUCUCAGUUUUACUAAUAUGUUUUAACGGAGUUGGGCUCGCAGUCCAGCACAUACGUGGUUGUUUAUGCGUGAUUGGAGUUGUACGGGGUGGCCAAAUUUGCCUGUUUAUUUGAAGAAACCCGUGAGGUAGUGGCGGUUUUUCCAAUCCCUCACUGCCUUACGGGGGCGAGGCAUUUGACUUCGAUAAUGUUGGUCUGCAUCAUCAGCAAAUUUGGCCAAUCUGCUUGUUCUCAGUAGUUUAACUAUGUUGAAAAGUGUUUUUUGCCUAAACCUCUUGCGUCGGCUCUUAAAUUUAUCGGGCAAAGGAUUAUUCAAUUCGCAACACUUCCGUAAAUUGUCCUGUAACGUGUAUUUUUGAAUGUUAUCAUUGCUAAUCGGUCAGAUAAGGUCAUUAGUGAAAUUGUUGGAAAACGUAAUAUAAUUGUAGAGAGGGCUGCGGCUAGUUCAACUCA